AUUCCCCUCCCUCUUUCUUUACUCUUCCCCUUGAUGUCCUAUUAUCCCCCAAAUUCAAUGGCUCAUUCUCACCAAAUCGAACCCUCCCUAAACCCUAACCUAAGCUCUAACCCUCCUCCUCCGGGAGCUCCACCUCCUGCUGCCGCCGUCCUUUCUCAACCGUCCAAUGAAGAUCCCAAUAGGUCUGCCACCGCUAAACGUCCGCGGGAUGAAUACACCACCGCGACGGACGAGGCAGGGUCGUCGGCUGACGCUGACCCGCCGCUGAAGAAGCGGGUUAAGGUUGCCCAAGAUGUAGUGUACCGUAUAGUUGUACCGUCAAGACAGAUCGGAAAAGUUAUCGGUAAAGUAGGGCAUCGUAUACAGAAGAUUCGUGAAGAAACUAAAGCUACUGUUAAAAUUGCUGAUGCCAUCGCUCGCCAUGAAGAGCGAGUAAUCAUCAUUAGCUCGAAAGACAAUGACGAUAUGUUUAGUGACGCGGAGAAUGCCCUUCAUCAAAUUGUGUCACUUAUUUUAAAGGAUGAUGAUGGCAACAUUGAUGCACAGAAAGUUGGUGCUGGCCAUGUGGCAGCAAACACAAUAAGGUUCUUGAUUGCUGGUUCUCAGGCAGGUGGUUUGAUAGGAGUGUCUGGUCAAAAUAUUGAAACUUUGAGGAAUUCUUCUGGAGCUGCUAUCACAGUUCUUGCUCAACAUCAGUUGCCAUUGUGUGCAUCUGCUCAUGAGUCUGAUCGUGUAGUACAGGUAUCAGGAGACAUUCCUGCGGUCUUGAGAGCUGUGGUAGAAAUCGGCUGUCAAUUGAGGGAUAAUCCCCCUAAACAAGUAAUUUCAAUCAGCCCAACAUACAAUCAUGGCUAUUCUCGCCCAUCUCAACCAUAUGUGGAUCCAUCUUCAGCUGAUUAUGUAAAUCUGACGAUGUUAAUUCCCGAAUCAUUAGCUGGUGGGUUGAUUGGAAGGUGUGGCUCCAAUAUUUCAAGGAUCCGAGCAGAGUCUGGAGCAUCAAUUAAGGUACAUGGUGGGAAAGGCGAACAGAAACAAAGACAAGUCCAUCUAGGUGGUAAUGCACAACAGGUCACCCUUGCCAAGCAACGAGUUGAUGAAUAUGUCUAUUCCCAGUUGAUGUUACAAGCUGGUGGUGAGCAGCUGCAGGAGACAAUGCAGCUACAGCAGACAAUGCAGCUGCAGCAGUCAGUGCACCUGCAACAGUCAAUGCAACUGCAGCAGUCAGUGCAGUUGCAACAACAAAUACCAGACCCAUCUGCUACUCUGAUGCAAGGAUAUAGUCACGGUCAUGGACUUUAUAUGAGCAGUAACCAAGAAGCUCAAAUGAUGUCAUCAUACCCACAAGUAUACACAUCGAGCACCCCUCAAGCUCCUGCUUACUAUGGUCAGUCUUAUCCAGCUCCACAAAUGUAGAGGUUAAAGGGGGUCUCUUUUUGGUACAUCGGCUUUUGAAUCAGAUGAUUUAUAUACAAAGUGGUGACAAUUUCUUGUUGUGUCAUUAAUUUGAGUUAUCAUGUAAUGUCGCAUUGGAGAUGGUUGCGAUUUGGCCAGGAUGUCUCUUGUUGAUCAGUUGCGACAUAGUUUGCAUGAGAUCACUUAAUUCUGGGAUAUUGAUGGAAAAGUUAAUGCUUAAAGUUUUAUGAUCAAUGGAAUCUAGCAUGCGCCUCUGGGAGCAGCAGAUCUAGUGAAGGGAGCUUAUAGUAGCAGUUGCAGUGAAGGUACAGCACAGCCCCUUGGCUUUCUGUCCCUUUGUUCCCCUCUGCUUCAACCCUGCCCCGACCCUGAAAAGCUCCCAAACCCCGCCCUGGUUUACCUUUGCUGCUUGAUUUUCAUUUACCUCUGUUGUUUCCAUCAGAACAGAAACAAGGAUGUGACAUAUGCAUUGCACGUCAGUCGCGGUCACCUCUCGUUGAACUGAUUUCUAAGGAAGAACUUAAAAACAUUUUGUGCGAAUGAUUUU